UCUUUACGCACGGAGAGCGCACGGAGGGUUUUGCAAGCACGCAUGGGGAUCCCUCCCUUCGAGGCUGUCCGUGGCCUCCUCGCCCGGCGGGCAGUUCCAAGACUCAACCAAACCCCCCUGAUCCCACAUUUCCCUCUCUAUACAUUUCCUCUGAAGAAACAACCCGGCGUUACGUCAGAAAGUGCAGGGCAAGCAAGACAGCGUCUUAGGAGCUAUUCGUAGGCAUUGCUGCCAAACCCGGCUUGGGGCUGCUCACGAGCUCACUGCAGCCAAUGCAAUUUACAAAUGAAACUCUUUUAAAACAGCAGCAGUAUGUGGUAAGUUACUUAUUCAUUCAUGCUGUUUUAUUUCCUCGUUGGGAUUUUUUUUUGCUCACAGCUUCUUCACAUGACAGGUCUUUGUUGCUGGCACAAUUGCGCAAAAAAAACAACAAGAGUGUAAACGGUGUACAGAUAAAGAAUAGGCUGGUUUGCCCUGUAGCCUCACUGAAAACACCAUGACAUGAUGAAGCAACAGAGAUUUUUGACGCACAGAGAUUUCUGCAGGAUUGUUUGUGUUUGAUUCUUUGCUGAUCUCAUAGACAACAUGCCCCACGCUCGAAAUAGGAACCCUAGCCCCAUCCCAGAGGUAACAUGGGACACGGGACUGAAGGAGAUGAACGAGACCUGGAAAGGAGCUAUAGCCUGUCUCGGGGUGGCCGUCUUCUUUGUUAUGACCAUUGGGAUCAUAUAUUGGCAAGUGGUAGACCAGCCCAACAAAAACUGGAUCCUCAGGGGGACUUUUAGCGGACUGAUCUGGGAGAGAAGAACCCACUCGCUGGUCAUACAGACCCUGGCGGAGGACAAUACAUAUGUGGAGAUAGAUGUGGGGAACGUAGGAAACCCCGACAUCGAGGUUCCCUUCGUGAGGAACCUGUGCUGGCUGAAUAAAACUGAGUUCUGCUAUACAUGGGACUCGGUGGCCGAAGUGAAGAUCUCGCUGGAGGUGAAUGAGGAGACGGAGACGGAGUGCUACAGUAUGACUUGGGCGCCGGUGCACUGUCAUGUUGAGCUGAAGGACUGCUUUUCCAUGACCAACGUGUCCUGGUACGGCGGCGCCAGUGUCCGGGGUCAGACAUGGCCGAUAAAUGAUCAGAACGCCACCAUGCAGCCCUACAUUGUGAGUGAUCUUAAGGACAAUCCCUCUGGCUUUGGCUCUGCCCUGGAACACUACUUCCUGGGCUCAUCAGGUGUCGCGGUGCUUGUAUCUCCUGAUACUCCCCUGCAGCUGGGGGUGGACAGCAGACAGCAGUUCUGCCUGCAGUCGCUGCCCAGUAUGGAGCGUCUUCCUCUGCAGUACACCGUGUGCGUGGCCCACAACGUGAAAGCUGCUCACCAGGAAGCGGUGCAACAACUCUUCCGGCACAGCAGGGAGCUGCCCAACAUGAACGCGCUGUGGCUGCCGUUCUGGAAGCUGCUCGCCAAUGUGGAUUCAGGGCCGAAGGUGGAGAGGGAGCUGAGGACCUUCACUAAUCGUCUGAGGAGACACCAGCUGGGGGAGGGAGUCAUCAGCCUCAAUGAACAUUCCACCACCCUCCUCUCCGAUAUGGACCAUGACUACCUCAACAGCAGGAAAAGGGGGAUGUCCAAGAGACUGACCAGGGACCUGCCACUUGUCAAGCUUCUUAACAUUUCCAUCACCCUGUCACCUUUCCUGGGCGUGGACACGACGCAGUUCCACACCUCCCUCAUGGAUGGCACUGAGGCCUACUGGCUCAGUCUCCCCUCAGCCCCUCAGGGAAAGCUGAUCCCUGUGAUGAGUCAGUGGCGAGGAAAGUUCUGCGUAAAGCUGAACAUCACCAACCCAGGAGCAGUGAGCUGGUUCCUGGACAGGGUGGGAUCCCUGGAGGCCCAUUUGGGGAUGGAGUAUGUCAUGCUGGAGGGGGGCGAAGGGAAUCUGUUUGAGGAGCAAGCCCUGAGGCCGCCUCAGGAUCUCGUUGGAGACAAGUACAUCAGCCUGAUGGCCGACCUGGCGACAAGGAUAGGAGACUCCACCAUCAUGACAGCAGGGACACGGUCGAGCCAUAAGCCUCUGUUUGUGAGGAUGACCCCAUUGCAGUCCGACUGGAGCCCAAUGGGCCUGAAGGGCAUCAUUCCCUCCCUGCUGCACCACACUCUGCUGGGAUACAACUUCCUCAUUCCUGAUGCAGUAGGUGGCUCUCUGUCUGGAGACCUAGUCACAGAUGAGGAGUUGUUCAUCCGUUGGCUGGAAAUCACAGCCUUUCUCCCUGUUAUCAGCUUCCACACACCACCCUGGGUCUGCGGAGAGGACCGGGUGCUGAACCUAACACGGGCCUACAUAGCAAAGCACCAGAGGGAUGUGGUCCCGCUGAUAGAGAAGUACGCAGAGGAGUGGCAGAUGACGGGAAACCCCAUCUACCGGCCCAUGUGGUGGCUCAGUCCCAGUGACCCCAUGACUUUCACCAUUGAUGAUCAGUUCCUAAUUGGAGACGAGGUCCUGGUGGCACCGGUGGUGGAGAAAGGGGCAGUGCAGAGGGAUAUUUAUUUACCUGAUGGGGGCUUUCAGUGGCAGGACAGCCAGAACGCUCAGGUGUUCGAUGGGGGGACGUUCCUACAGGACUACCCUGUGCCCUUGGAAGGGGUGGCUGUUUUUUUACGAAGAAGCUGAGUCAUCCGACUUACCCUGUUACUGUUCUGAAUCAAAUUAUUUUCUUUCUUUUUUUAAUUACUCGUGCUGUUCUCAACUUGCACUUUUCCACUAAAGACCAUUGACCCUGUCUCAAGGCUUGAGAUGAUAUGUAGAAAGAUUUUUUUUUUUUUUUAUACCUGCACUUUACAGUUCAAAAUGAGUUUUGUUUUUCUUUUGUGUCAUUAUUUUCUCUUCCUUUUUUAAAAUGUUAAUCGGUUUUUACCUCUUGGCUGAUUUGUUUCUGGACUUUUUGAUCUAUUCUGCCUAUUUUUUGUAAGUUCCGGAGAAAUCUGUGCGUUUACAUACUGCAUUUCUACAGUCUUUACAUUUUUAAUCGCUGUCGGCUUUCUUGAUAAGGAGGAACAAAGCAAUCUGAAUCUCUCAAGAAGACCAAAUGAAGAUAUAGGAGGAGAAAGGACAAAGGAAAAAGGCUUAUUGGGAGGAAAUUGACAGAAAGCUUUGUACUGAGACUGGUGCACCAUGGUACCCUAUGUGUUGCUCACUCCUUUGAGAGGCUUUUACUUGAACUUAGCAAGCCAACGGUUCAAUGUUUUAUGAAUUUACCUCAAGUUAUGGUUUUUCACUGCUUUACAGAUUCAUCAGACAACAACCGAUCACCCCUUAGCACUUAUUCUUAAAAGAGUUGUAAUUUAUCAACAUACCACUCUGUUGGACAUAUCUUAAUGUCCCUUAGUACUGUAGGCCAGAUGAAUUUGAGGCCAAGCCACUGUCAUUGUAACUCUGGCCAUUUUUGAAUUUAUAUUAUAUGUUACCUUUUUACUAACCUGCUGUCGUAGGAGCUUUAAAAUGGGCUGCUCAUUUUUUCCUAAGUCUUUCUGAUGUUGUGUUGAUAUGCUCUUUCAUGUGUGAGUGCCAAUUUAUGUUCUGAAGAAAGCCUUGUUGACGACACCACAGAGGUUGAAAUGAGAAUUUAACAGAUAGUUCAACAUGUUGGGAAAUACACUAAUUCGCUUUUUUUGCAGAGUUAGAUAUAGGAAGACCACUCUCGCUGUCACAUCUUUACGGUAAACAUUAAGCUACCACAAACAUCCGCUUAGCUUACCUUAGCUUAGCAUAGUGUAAAGACUGGAAACACAGCUAGCGUUGUCCAAAGCUAACAAAAUCUGACUACCAGCACCUGCAAAUCUCACUAAUUAACAAUCUCUAUUUUAUUUGUUUAAUUCAUACUAAAACCAAAGUGUAAAUGAUGAAUUGUGGUUUUAAAGGGUAACUACCGUUUUUUUCAACCUGGAGUUGGUUAGACUAUUAAUCUGAACCUGUCAGUGGCAAAACAAGCACUUUUGUGAAGGUAAAUACAAGCUGGACAAUUGCCC